AUGAUGCAUUUACCAGAAAAACCAAACAUUUCACCUGUAUACAAAAUAACUGUUUGGACUAAUGAUUAUCACAUAAGUCCAAUCCGUGAUAUAAAACAUCAACUUACAUCACUCAAUGUUCGAUUUAUUGAUAAAAGUUUAUCUGGUCAUUGUUAUUUAACUAACACAUGUGCAAAAAAUUUAAAAAUUUUAAAUUCUGAUAAUGGAAUGAGUACUGAUGUAAAACUUCACAAACAAUUUUAUGAAGUUUAUAAGAAUGAUUCCGAAAUGAAUCAAGUCAAUAUAUUUAUGUGUUUUCAUCCUGUAGCAAUGUGUGAAAUAUUUAUGCCUUUUAAUCGUACAUUAAUCGUUAUUGCAUCUACUCGAUAUGAAUUGGCAAGAUUUUCUAAAGAAGAUUGGACUAAAUUGAAUACAAAUCUUCAAAUAAUCGCUUCGGAUCCUCGUAAUGUAAUAGCUGGUAAUAAUCUCUAUGAUGCUGAAUAUAUUCGAUAUUUUACUGGUAUAAAAACAAUCGUAUUACCAUCAUUAUGUGCUUAUACAAAAGCGUCAUAUAAACCAAGAUUUCAAAAGCCUUUUAUAAUAGCGAAUAUGAAUGCGAAAAGUUUUCGUUCGAAAUUUAUGUCAUUAUUAACUGAUUCAUUUAAACGUAUGAAGAUAUCAGUACGAGUUCGUCAUAUACGAGAUAUUUACAAAGUACAUUAUCAAUAUUUUCAACUAGCUCAACAUCCAGGUAUAAUAUAUAUUCCAUAUCAAGUAUCUGUUAUGAGUCUAUUUGAACACUAUAGAAUGAAUAUUCCUUUAUUUUUUCCAUCAUUGGAUCUUCUUACUGAAUGGCAUUAUACAUAUCGUGUUGUUAAUGAACGAACAUGGGAUGGUAUAUCUGGAAAUAUAAAAAAUGCUUCAAAAAUAUCAGGUGUUUUAGGUCCUGAUAUACCUGAUCCUAAUAAUGAAUUUGAUCGAGAUGCAAUACGUUAUUGGUUAAAAUUUGCUGAUUUCUAUCAAUGGCCACAUAUUAUUUAUUUUAAUUCAACUGAUGAACUUGUUACUAAAUUAAAAACAACUAAUUUAAUAGAAGUUAGUGAAAAUAUGAAAUUAUAUAAUGCUAAUGUAACACAACAUUUAUUCGAACAAUGGCGUCAAAUACUUCAGCGAACAAAUUCACUAUAA